CUUCAAUCGUGCUUGACUUUUAAUCGAAAUUUAUUUGUUUUUAUAAGCAAUGCCAAUUCAAGUCACACAGACCCGUUUAUUGCAUCAUUUUUAAAUAAAAAAAGUUUAAAAAAUUUAGCAAGAACAAAAUGCGAACACCAUUAGCAGCAAGUGAACAGGAUCCCUGUUGGAAAGAGAGACAACAGAUGCUGAAAUGUCUUGAUGCAAAUAAUUACGAUAAGGAUAAGUGUGAGGCUUUUAUCCAAAAUGGAAAAAAAUGCAAAGAAUUUUGGUUGAAUAUUGCAAUUGAACGUCGUUCCAAUAGGACAUUUCCGGAGUACCCGGUUGGCGAAGAGCGAGAAAAAAUAAAAGCCGAACGGAUGAAAAUGUAUCAAAAGCCAACAAUUCACAUAAAAAAAUAGUGACUGUAAUUUAGUUUAAGUUAGGCAUAUAGGCAUGACUGCUGUUCGUCGCCGAUUUUUAAAAUGAGCAAUAUUCCUGAAAUAUAAUGCUGCAAUUUGA